AUGCCAUCCCUCCCCCUCCCCCAAGAGCUGCGACUCCCCCAACGGCCCCAGGGCCUGCCACACCCCGAAUAUACCACGCCUCGUGGGGUCUCUCCCCUCGUCGCCGUGCGCGAGGCCGGGUUGCAGUACCCCAACUACACCCCCUUCACCCUCCCCAACCUCGAGGAGAAGCCCUUCGUCGACCGCGGCCUGUACGCCGCCCCGGGCCAGACGCGCCUGCUGGCCGCGGCCCAGGAGGUGCACCAUCUGACGCCCGAGAUCGGCACCGAGCUCGUCGGGCUGCAGCUGACGGCGCUCACGGAUGCGCAGAAGGACGACCUGGCGCGCCUGGUGGCCGAACGGGGGGUGGUGUUCCUCCGCGACCAGGCCAUGGACGUACACGAGCAGAUCGCCUUCGCGGCCUACUAUGGCGACCUGCAUAUCCACCAGAUGGCCGGCAUCAUCCCCGACCUGCCCUGGGUGCACCCUGUCCACAAGGACGAGACCGCCGUCCACGGCCGCUCCCACCAGAUCUGGCACUCCGACGUCAGCUACGAGCUUCAGCCCCCGGGGCUGACGAUGCUGAAGAUGGACACCCUCCCCCCCGCGGGACCGGACGGGACGCUGGCCGGGGGGGAUACCAUCUGGGCCAGCGGGUAUGCCCUGUAUGAGAGUCUCUCCCCCACCCUGCGAUCGUUCCUCGAGACGUUACAGGCCAGACACAGUGGCCUCGAACAGGCUGAGAAGGCGAGGCGUACCACCGGGUGCCUGCGGAGGGAUCCGAUUGAAACCAUCCACCCCGUCGUGCGCACCCACCCGGUGACCGGCUGGAAGACGCUGUACGUCAACGAAAACUUUACCAAGGAGAUCGUGGGGCUCGAGAAACGCUUCGGGGACGGUCUGCUCGACAACCUCUUCCGCACCGUCGCCGAAGGGUACGAGUUCCAGGUGCGAUGGAAAUGGUCGCCGGACGCCGUCGCCAUCUGGGACAACCGCGCCACCUUCCACACGGGCAUCUUCGACUACUGUGAUCCCGCAUCUUCGCCACGGCCUGCGGGUGGCCCCCAGGCGGAGCGGCCGUAUCUGGAUCCCAACUCGCACACGCGGAAGGAGGCGAUUGCGGCCACCCAGCCAGGGAAGUUGGCUGAGAAGGAAGAGAAUAAAGGGCUGGAUGGGCUGUAG